AUGCCCGUCAACUACACAAACACGUCGGUUGAUGUUCUAGCAUCCAGUUUCCAGGUGUUGGAGGAACUUGGGAGCGGUAGUUUCGGGGUCGUGUACAAAGCAAUUGAGAAAGAGUCUGGCACAAUCGUCGCAAUCAAACAUAUUGAUCUCGAGUCGAGCGAAGACGACAUCCGGGAGAUACAGCAGGAGAUCUCGGUAUUGAGUAGUUGCGCGAGCCCGUUUGUCACACAAUACUACGGUAGCUUUGUUCGCGGCUUCAAGUUAUGGAUCAUUAUGGAGUAUUUGGCGGGUGGGUCGUGUCUGGAUUUGUUGAAACCGGCGCCGUUCUGUGAAGCACAUAUUGCGAUCGUUAUGCGAGAGCUCCUGCAGGGUCUUGAAUAUCUACACAGAGAGGGAAAAAUUCACCGCGAUAUCAAAGCGGCAAACAUCCUCCUCUCGGGAACGGGCCAGGUCAAGCUUGCCGACUUCGGCGUUGCUACGCAACUUAACAAUAUCAAAUCGCAGCGCAACACAUUCGUCGGCACGCCGUUCUGGAUGGCUCCGGAAGUCAUCUCACAGGAGAACCCGUACUCUUUCAAAGCCGACAUAUGGUCGCUAGGAAUCACGGCCAUGGAAUUGUGCAAUGGAGAGCCACCGCAUUCGACAAUACACCCAAUGAAAGUGCUGUUUCUUAUUCCAAAGGAGCCUGCACCACGCUUGGAGGGUAAUCGCUGGAGUAGGGAUUUCAAAGAUUUUGUGGAAAGGUGUUUAGUAAAGGACCCUAACCAAAGAGCUAGUGCGAGGGAGCUUCUGAACCAUAGGUUCAUUAAGAAUGCCGGAAGAGUCGAAGAGCUGCAGAGCUUAAUUGAGAGGAGGGAGGCUUGGCAGAUGAAGAGGGAGGCUCGGGGUGUAACGAAAUCACACCCGAGGCUUUACGAAGAGACUAUGAACACCUUUGGAGGCCAGCCCGAAGAGAGUUGGGACUUUGACACAAUCCGCACUAACCCUCACUCGGGCACCAUCCGAAUUGACCACCACAAGAACGCCAUGCGAGCCAGCGAAAUUAUUUCAGAACGUAGCAUGAACUCAGCGUUGCAAAAGCUCAACCUCAAUGCUGCCCCCCAAAGUGGCGUCAGUGUCACCGAGGCUCGGAAAGUCUCGGAAUCUACAGCCAAAGCCCAUAACCAGAAGCGCAGGCGAUCUUCAACUGCAAAGAAACCAACUGAGAAGACGGUGUUGGAGUCGACUACCCCUACUAGGACUAAUCAGAAACCUGCUAGGCAGGAGCGGCCAAUGACGGCCGAAACAGAUUAUGGGAAGACGCCGUCGACGGUUCGGCAGUUUAAGAGGGUGCCGGAGAAUACACCUAGGAAUUAUGAGGCGGUUCACCAUCAGGAGAAGGAAUUGAAGCAGGAGAAGGAACUGAAGCUGGAGAAGGGAUUGAAGCUGGAGAGUGAGAAACCAGUGAUGAAUAUUCCGACUACGGAGGAGGGGCAAUUGGGGAGAAAGCUUUUCUCGAAGGUCGUGCAGAAGACGCUUCUUGAGGUCGAAAACAAAGCCAUAAAGAAUGGCAAUUCUGCUACAGCGGCUGCAACAUCUAACCUGGCCGAGGCCUGGAGUCAACUUGAUGCCAUAGAUCCGGAGAGUGGUUACGAGCUCUUGCGCGCAAUGAUGGAUCGUUUCCAGCAGCAUCGACCAAAGCCACAGCCGGAAGCACAAGCCCAAAAUCAGCCUAUUCGACAGUUGGCCAGCUCGAGGCCGUUCCAGAAAUCCCCGGCAGCAGAAGCAGCGGCAAAGAUGAUAACACCAAAGCCUUCCCUCUCUAGUGAAACCUUAACGGCGGCAUCUUCAUCUCCGCCCCCAGAACCGACACCUAAGCUGGCUGAUGUGCUCUAUGGGCGUUGGGUGGAGGGGUUAAAAGGCAGAUGGGGUGCUGUGGCCAAAUAA